GACACCGACUGGCGAUUCUUCAAUCACGUCCAUCGUCCAUCAUUAAAUUUUGCGAAAACAACCAAAAUCGCCGAAUGUGUCAGAAAAAAUCCUGCUUUUGGAAAGUUGAAAUCCACCCCACCAGCAAUCAUGGGCGACGUCCUUCCGGAGCCGGACCUUCCAACAGUGGUGAGCGGCGAGGAUGAAGAAACGAUGCUCACUCGGCACCGCCGCGAAAAGAAGGACCUCCAUUCGAAGAUACAGGCCCUCAAGAAGGCCAAGGUGGACAAGAAGAAGAAAAAGGAACAGCAGGACGAGAUCGCUCGGAUGGAAGCGGAUCUGGAGAGCCGGCAUGCUGAGGAGUUGAAUAAGUUGAAUUCUUUGAAGAUUAGUGAGAAUGCUGAAACCGUGGCGGAAGCUGAGGAACCGGAAGUCAACGAUGAGAAUGAAGCAGUCAAGCAACCGAAGAUUUCCAAGGCACAAAGAAGGCGUGAGAAGAAAUCUCAGGAAGACAAAGAACGGGAAGCGCUGAUAAAGGCGGAAGAGGCGUUGAACAAGAACUCCCCACGAAUAUUAGAAGACCGAAAGAUUGCCGAGCUACUUACGAAACGAGGAUUGGUGAGCUUUCCGGUUCCGGCAGAUGGGGAUUGCUUGUACAAUGCGGUGAAACAUCAACUGGCCCGGAUAGGAGUGCACGAGUACGACACGGCUGACCUCCGGCAGAUGACCGCCGAUUACAUCGAGGAUAACAAGGAUAGCAUAAUUUUCUACAUGACUAAUCCGGACACCGGAGACAUCCUCAGCGAAGAGGAGUUCCGCAAGUACUGCCAUCAGGUUCGAAACACCAAAUCGUGGGGCGGAGAGAUCGAGGUCAAAGCCCUGUCCAGUCGAUUGAAGUGCCCUAUCGAGAUUAUUCAGGCGAGCGGAACAUCGCCCGUGCAUGGGGAAGGAGAAAAUCCCAGUCGGAAGCUGGUGCUGACCUAUCAUCGACACAUGUACCGACUGGGGGAGCAUUACAAUUCUACACUGCCGGCGCCGGUUGAGGGUGAAGCGGAGGAGGAAGAUGACGGUUGAGUCUAGGAGAGCAGUGGGGAACGAUACUGUGUUUUAGGAAUAUUGAAAUUGUAUACAUGAGCUAAAAGUCUAUGAAAAGUAUAAUAAAGCAUACAUACCUACAUGUAAAUUAUUACGAUGCUAGUAAAAUUCAUUUAUGUAACGAGUUGCA